UAACCGUGGGCUUUAAUCCUUAAAGUCCACUUUUUUAGUGCUUAAACUGACUUCAUUGGUUUCUUGGCUUCUCGCCCAUGUGUGAGUGUGAGCUAGCGUUAACCAAGAGCCAGUCAGUCAUUCCCCCCACCGUGUUCUUUACUUUCUCUUGUGGUCUUUUUUGUCAUAAAGAUCUUUGGCCUACCAAGAACGCAGGACAAUCCUUGACAAUCCAAAAUACAAGCUCAUUCUGUGCCAAGAAAUGCGCUUUCUCUUCUCUCUCAUUAUGAGAACCCUUUCUCAAUUCACCUUUCUGCUUCUGUUUCUGUUUUCUUGCACCACCUUCACUAGCACAGAGGCCUAUGAUGCUCUUGACCCAAAUGGGAAUAUCACAAUCAAAUGGGAUAUUAUGAGCUGGACGCCUGAUGGAUAUGUUGCUGUUGUUUCAAUCUACAACUUCCAGCAAUAUCGUCACAUUGAAGCACCAGGGUGGACAUUAGGAUGGACAUGGGCAAAGAAGGAGGUAAUAUGGAGCAUGGUGGGAGGUCAAACAACAGAGCAGGGAGACUGUUCAAGAUUCAAAGGAAACAUUCCACAUUGCUGUAAGAAAAAACCAUCAGUAGUGGAUUUAUUGCCAGGAACUCCUUACAACCAGCAGAUUGCAAAUUGCUGCAAAGGGGGUGUAAUAAGCUCAUUGGUGCAAGAUCCAUCCAAGGCAGUAAGUGCAUUCCAGCUUAGCGUAGGUGCAGCUGGAACCACUAACAAGACUGUCAGGGUGCCUAAAAACUUCACUCUGAAGGCUCCAGGGCCUGGUUAUACAUGCGGACCAGCGAAAAUUGUUAGACCUAGUAAAUUUUUUACUGCUGAUAAAAGGAGAGUUACACAAGCUUUGAUGACAUGGAAUGUGACCUGCACAUAUUCGCAAUUCCUGGCUCAGAAGACCCCCACCUGCUGUGUUUCGCUCUCAUCUUUCUACAAUGACACGAUAGUGCCCUGCCCAACAUGUACCUGUGGCUGCCGAGGCAACAGUACUUCAUCAGGGAAUUGUGUAGAUCCAAAUGCACCACAUUUAGCUUCAGUUGUUUCCAGCUCAGGGAAAAACGGCCUUGCACCUCUUGUCCAAUGCACAAGUCAUAUGUGUCCAGUCAGAAUUCAUUGGCAUGUUAAGCUUAACUACAGAGAGUACUGGCGGGUUAAGGUCACAAUUACAAAUUUCAAUUACAAUAUGAACUACUCACAAUGGAACCUAGUUGUCCAACACCCAAACUUCGACAAUCUGACACAGACUUUUAGCUUUAAUUAUAAGGCAUUGACUCCAUAUUCAGUUAUAAAUGAUACAGCCAUGCUAUGGGGAAUUCAAUACUACAAUGAUUUGCUCAUGCAAGCUGGCCCUUCUGGUAAUGUUCAGUCGGAGUUGCUUUUCCAAAAGGACAAGUCAACUUUUACCUUUGAGAAGGGUUGGGCUUUCCCUAGAAGAAUCUACUUCAAUGGUGAUAAUUGUGUCAUGCCACCUCCAGAUGCCUAUCCAUGGUUGCCAAAUGCCAGUUCGCGCAAGCAUGUCUCAGCCCUUAUACUAACAGUUACUUUGUUUUCUGCUUUGGCAAUCUUAUCCAGAUAUCUAUAAGCUCGCAAAUGUACACUGCAAAGUACAUCUUCAAGUUUUGACCAGAUCUUCUUGACCUCAGCAUUAAUCAGAAAACAGUUGGAAAGUUAAUUUGUUAGUGCAAUUCCACCCAGCAUUUCAGGAGUUACAGGUGAAUUUGUAGGUCUGCUGCCAUUUUGUCAUUUGUUGCUGUUGUCUCACACUUUUUUCCUUGUACUUUCUUAUCUUUGUAGAGUUUCCGACAAUACAAUUAUGAUGUAACAAAAUUAGGGUAAAUAAAAAGAACCUUUCAGAGA